AUGUCUCUUAAACCAUGUGGAGAAAAAUAUAAUCAUCCUUAUGAACCUUAUGAUAUUCAAGUUCAAUUAAUGGAUGCCAUUUAUCAUACAAUCGAUGAUGGAUACAAGAUUGGAUUAUUUGAAAGUCCCACAGGUACUGGUAAAACAUUAUCAAUAAUAUGUUCCACUAUGACUUGGUUAAGAAACUAUAAGAAAAACAAUACUUUUCAAGAAUCCAUGUCCCAUGACAAGGGUGAUGUUGAAGAAGAAGAAGAAGAAGAGAGUGACGAUGAACCGGAAUGGGUAAAACAAGCUUAUCAAAGUACAAUUGUGAAUAGAUCAAAAAGCAAACUUGUGGAAUAUGAACAGUAUCUUGAUAAGAUUGAAAAGGAAUACGAUCAAAAUGUACGAAAGGAUCAGAAAUUAGAAGAUAGAAGAAGAAUGAAGAAACAGAAACAACAAGAAACUGACGAAUCUUUUCUUCCGACAGAUUAUCAUAGUGAUUCAGACGAAGUCGGUAAUACAGAAAAUCAAAAUAAGGCUAUCACCAAGGAAAUAGAUCAAUUAAUGAAGAAAUUUGAAAAUAAAGAUGAGGUUAAUUAUAUAAAUGAAUGCCCUAUUAAAAUAUUCUAUUCUUCCCGUACACAUUCUCAAUUGAAUCAGUUUUCAAGUCAAUUAAGACUCACUCAUUUUGAGGCGUCUUUUGAAGAACUAAAUGAAAGAACAAAAUAUAUACCAUUGGGAUCAAGGAAACAACUUUGUAUCAAUGAAAAAGUCCGAUCAAAAGGUAAUGAUCAAAGUAUGAAUGAUGCAUGCAUUGAUUUGCAACGAAACUCUAAUGGAUGUGAAUUUCUUCCAAAGAAUUAUAUGACUUCGAAUGUUACCAAAGAUUUUGCCGAUUUAAGUUUAGCAAAGAUUAGAGAUAUUGAGGAUUUAGGAGAGUUGGGUACUGAAUUAAGAAUAUGUCCUUAUUACUCUGUUAGAAGAGGGGUUGAAUUAACAGAGAUUAUUUCUUUACCUUACCAAAUGAUUUUCCAAGAUACUACGAGAAGGAUACUAAAUUUAGAUGUAAAAGAUGCAAUUAUAAUUAUUGAUGAGGCACAUAAUAUCAUUGAUACUAUAACCUCGAUGUAUUCAUUGAAAAUCACAGCAGAUCAAUUAAACAAAGUCAUUAAAUCCUUAAAAGUUUACCUUAAUAAAUUUUUGAAAAAACUAAACAGUGGGAAUAGAAUAAAUUUAUUGAAACUAAUCAAAAUUUGUCAAUUGUUGUUAAAGUUCUUGAAUAACAAUCAAGAUGUAAGACCUGGUGAUGAAAUCAAAGCAGAAGAUAUAUUUAAAGAUUCAACUGGUGAUUUGGUCAAUAUUCAUAAGUUAGAUCAGUUCUUAUCAAAGUCUAAAAUUGCAUACAAGAUUGAAUCAUAUAUUGAGAAAACAGAAAAUGAGUACAAAAGCUGUUCUAAUCCGCUUUUAUUUACGGUCAUUAAUUUUCUUAAAAGUUUAACAAACUUAUCUCAAGAAGGCAAGUUUUUCUGGGAUAAAUCUAAUAAUUCCAUUUCUAUUAAUUAUAUGUUAUUAGAUCCCAGUGCUGUAUUCAAAGAAAUCGUUGAUCAAGCAAAAUGCGUUUUGUUAUGUGGUGGUACUAUGGAACCAAUGUCAGAUUAUGUCGAUUAUUUAUUUCCUAGUGUAUCCAAGGAGAAGAUUAAUAGAUUUACAUGUGGUCAUGUUAUACCUAAGGAAAACUUAGAAGUUUUUCCUGUUAAGCAAUUCAAGGAAUUUCAAUUUGAGUUUCUGUUUGACAAAAGAAAUAAUCCAGUUCAAUUGAACGCUUUAGGGAGAUUUAUAAUUGAAAUAUGUCAACGCGUUCCUUAUGGGCUUGUUAUAUUCUUUCCAAGUUAUAAAUAUCUAAAUCAGGUAUUAGAGUCAUGGAAAAAUGGAAUUUUGUCGACCAUUGAAUGUUACAAAUCGGUUUUCCAAGAGCCUUCUGAUCCAUCUAAAGUGGAAUUCACUUUAGGACAAUAUGCAUCUGUGAUAAAUACAGAACGAAAAGGAGCUAUAUUAUUUUCAGUGGUUGGUGGUAAAAUGUCGGAAGGUAUUAAUUUUUCAGAUGAUCUAGCAAGAGCAGUUGUGAUGGUAGGACUACCAUACCCAAACGCUUACUCUGGUGAAAUGGUAGCCAAGAUGAAGUUCAUUGAAACUAAUGUGUUGCAAAAUGGUGGUACUAUCCAACAAGCCAAGGAGAAGUCAAGAAAUUAUUAUGAAAAUCUAUGUAUGAGAGCGGUCAAUCAAAGUAUUGGAAGAAGUAUUCGUCACAUUAAAGAUUAUUCUACAAUUUAUCUAAUUGAUAAGAGAUUUGAAUAUCCACGAAUACAAAGUAAACUAAGUCAAUGGGUUAAACAAAGAAUAAAUAACAAUACAAACAUUAUGGAACAAACGACUGAAUUUUUCAAUAAAAUUAGAUAG